AUGGCUGAAGGUAUGGCUUCGAGAAAGGUUCACGGGAUUCAAAGAGUAUUAGUCAAAAUUGAUAAUGCUAUCAAAAACGAAAAUUUCUAUGAAGCACAUCAAAUGUAUAAAACACUUUAUUUCAGGUAUUUAACGCAAAAGAGAUACAGUGAACUCUUAGACUUAUUGUAUGAUGGAGCUAAUCUGCUUAUACAACACAAACAGGAUACUAGUGGUGCAGAUUUGGCUAAUCUUUACAUAGAAGUUUUAGUGAAAUCGGACACUAAACAAAGUGAAGAAGUAAUGGCUAAAAUUUCUAGUCUUCUCAGUAUAUUAAACCCAGAUUUACCUGAGCGAGAAAACUUUUUAUAUUCGGCUGUACGAUGGUCAUCCACGCCAGAGCAUAAAUUGGGACAUCCAAAAUUACAUCAAAUGAUUGCUCAGGUUUUUUGGAAAGAGAAAAAUUACACACUUGCAAGAAGGCAUUUUUUGAGGUCUUGUGAUGGUUCUGGCUUUGGCUCAAUGUUAGUUGAAGUACAUCAAUCUAGUGGUUAUUCCAGUGAAGUUGACCUUUUUAUUGUUCAAGUUGUUUUACAAUGUCUCUGUUUGCGGAACAAGGCUAUGGCUGUCAUUACUUUUGAAUGUUACACUACAGAACAUCCAUACAUUGAAGGUCCCCCUUACCUUCUACCUUUGUUAAAUUUUAUUUCAUUUCUUCUGAAAGCUGUCGAAAGUGGUGCUCUCAGUGCCUUUACAAUACUAUGUGAAGAAUAUGCACUAUCCUUAAAGAGAGAUCCGUCUUACCUUGACUAUUUAGAAAAAAUUGGCCAGAUAUUUUUCGGUCUUCCAACGUCCAGGAGGCAGCCUAGAUCUCUAUUUGGAAACCUGUUUCAAUCAAUAUUAAAUGGACUUGGAGAUAGCUCGAGUGAAACUGAAACUGAAGUGGGUGGAGGAGACCAACCAAAAAGUGACUGUAGGCAAGUGACUGAAUCAGAGCUUGAUUAAGACAAGAUGAAUUCUGUUGAAUCUUAAUCACUCAAGUCUAGAAAUCGAACUCUUGUUUGAAACAUUCGGAAAAUGUGUCCCUCAACUUCUACUAUUCGGAGCUUUAAAAGGAAUAUAUUUAAAUUCAACAAUGUGACUGAUACAGCAAUCAAAACUCCUGCCUUUUUAAUCAUAUAAAUGCCAUUUUUUAUGUAUACUUGAUAACUACUAUCAGGUAUUAUAUGGAAUAAGGAAUUAAUACCCAUAUCAUUUUAAAUUAAAAUCACUGUAUCAGUGAACCUUGUGAUUUACUGAAAUAUUGAAUAUGGGAAAAUUAGGUCAUAAAAUGUAAUGAAAAUAAUUUUGGCAUUACUAUGAAGAUUGAAGCUGGAAAGAUUCAUUGAAAUGAAAGGAGGUGAAAGUUCGAUAAAUUACUAAUUAAAUUGCAUAUUGCUAUGCUAUGAAAGUUAUUUAUUUAAUGAAAAUUACUUUAUAACAAGGACUGGAUUCAAUAAAUAUGUUUGCUCAACAGUUAAUGUUCAAAUGUUUC